AUGACAACAUUACAAGUAUACGCGCAUAGACUAGGUGAUCCUAACUUGGGUAUUGGUCUCAAAGUAACGAUCGCCAACGAAUUACGUGAUCAAGUCGAAGUCUUUCAAACUCUAGAGUAUUCAAGGUUUUUAUCCACUCUCAUACCUGUCUUCCUUGAUAUAUUACAAAAUGGCACACCUGUGUUUGUCAGUACUGCACCAGAACAAAAAUUAAGAAAUAUUAUUCUCGAAAUCAUUUAUCGAUUACCACAAACUGAACCUCUCAAAGAAUAUUCACCAGAAUUAUGUCGAACACUUAUGCAUCUAUUACGUGUAGAAAACGAAGAUAAUGCUGUUGUUUGUGUCAAAAUCAUCAUUGACUUACAUCGAUCCUUUCGACAUGUACUAGAAGACCAGGUUCAACCUUUUUUGGAUAUUGUACAAGAAAUUUUUCGCAAUAUGGAACAAACUGUAAAGGAUGCCUUUGAUGCUCCAAGUACUCCUGCAGCUGGUUCUGUUACGCCUGGUCCUAAUGCUCUUUUAGCAACAUCUCCACGUCCAAUGUCUCCUGCUGCUGAUAUACCGGAAACUCCAUCCAAAGUCCUAGCAAAAAGUUUAUUCAGCUUCAAAGUCCUUACCGAAUGUCCUAUCAUUGUUGUAUUAUUAUUCCAAUCUCACCGUCGCUAUGCUGCUGAAAAUAUAAUGAAAUUCAUUCCUCUCAUUUUUUCUACAUUGAACUUACAAGCACGACCACAAACUGAAGCCUCAAAUGCUGCAAUUGCCCGUGGUGAAGUUUUUGUUGGUGUCAGCCCAGAAAUCAAAAAUCGUAGUGUCUACAAUGAUUUUAUUGUCGCUCAAGUCAAGACCAUGUCAUUUUUGGCUUAUAUACUACGAAGUUAUACAACUCUAUUACGACCUUAUCAAACGCAGAUUCCUGAUUUUGUGCUUCGUUUACUACGUGAAUGUCCUCCAGAAUCUUCUGCAACAAGAAAAGAACUAUUGGUGGCAACAAGACAUAUUCUAUCAACCGACUUUCGUACAUCCUUUGUUCCUAAGAUUGAUCUUCUAUUGAAUGAAAAGGUGUUGAUUGGUACUGGUGUUACAUCUCAUGAUACAUUACGACCAUUGGCAUAUAGUAUGCUUGCUGAUUUGGUCCAUCACAUUCGUUCUGAUCUCUCAACUUCCCAACUCUUCCGAACUGUGUAUAUCUAUUCAAGGAAUCUUCAUGAUGGCACUCUUGCACCAAGUAUUCAAACAAUGUGUGGUAAAUUAUUAUUAAAUCUGAUUGACUGUAUUAUCAAAAUUCCAAACAAAUCUGAAGGACGGGAAUUAUUGAUGCGAAUACUGGAUGCAUUUGCAAGCAAAUUUGCUGCUCUUAACAACCAAUUCGGAACAUCUUUACGUCAAUACCAAAAGAAGAAACAAGCUGUUGAAAACCCUGACUCAAUGGAUGUCGAUAUUGAAACGGAUCAAGAUGAUUUUGAUUUUGAUCGUACUAGAUCUAUUCAUACAGCAACAUUUGUGCCCGACUCAUCACACGAUGGAAUCAAAGAUGGUAGAUUUCUAUUCAAGAAUCUUGCUAUUGGUCUCAAGCCUCUGUUCAUUGGUAUGCGACAUUGCAAUCCUCCUGCUAAUAGUGAUGAAAUCAAUUUACAAGCUUAUGGUCAAUUCUCUCGUGGUUUCUCUCAAGAUGAUGUUGAAAUAUUCAUAAGACUUUUCCGUGAAGGUCUUAUGUGUUUUGAAUACUACAAUGUCGAUAGUUAUGGCCUUGAUGGUUCUCCACCAAAUCAUACUACAGUUGCUAAUGAUCCUACCAAGGAUGACAAUUCAGUGGGAUGCAACGAUGCGGCGCUAAAGUUAGGCACUCAACCUGUACCUGAAAAAGAAAUAUUGGACCUUUUUUCUGUUGUCUUUACCUUAUUGGAUCCUGCUGUAUUCCAAGAAAUAUUCGCCUCUCAAAUCGACUUCUUUUUCCAACGUAUACUGGUCAACACUUCUCUACUGCAUAUUGCCCAAUACUUUUUGAUGAAUGAUGUAUCUUCUCAAGGCUUUGCUGGUAUCUUGGUGAAGUUUCUUAUUGAUCGUAUUGAACGACUGGGUGAUGAUGAUAUUCAUUAUUCUGCUGUCAUGUUACAUCUCUUCCGGUUGACAUUCAUGGCUAUCAAUUUUUUUCCUGAUACAAACGAAUCCAUUCUCCAACCUUAUCUUAGCAAUCUCGUGAUGUCGUGCUUCAAGCUUUCUGCCAAGGCGAAGGAACCUGCCAACUACUUUUUACUCUUGCGUGCCUUAUUCAAAAGUAUCGGUGGUGGUCGUUUUGAACUUCUAUAUAAGGAAGUAUCUCCAUUACUCCAAGUUGUUCUUGAAAACCUCAACUCUCUUCUUACUUUGGCCCACAAACCUGCUAUGAGAAAUCUCUUUGUUGAACUUUGUCUGGCUGUACCUGUCCGUCUUAGUACUUUACUACCUUAUUUACCCUAUUUGAUGCGUCCAUUGGUGAUUGCUUUACGUGCUGAUCAAGAAUUGGUAUCUCAAGGUCUACGAACAAUGGAACUUUGCAACGACAACUUGAACCCAGAAUUUUUGGAUCAUAUUAUGGCACCAGUGAUGAAGGAAUUAAUGGAUGCUUUAUGGAGUCAUCUCAAACCGUUACCAUAUAACCAACAACACAGUCAUGCUGCUAUGCGAAUAUUGGGAAAACUUGGUGGAAGAAAUAGGCGUAUGCUCAAAAGUCCUCCUCGGUUGGAAUAUAAUGAACGUGGUGAAAGUGGAGUCUCGGUGGAAAUUGUAUUUGAUGCAAGCAAUACUCCUUAUACUUUGGCACUAGACAAAUGCUUACAAGUAGCCGUCAAUACUUUAGAAAGAAGAGAUGUGGAUAUGUUUUAUAAACGACAAGCUUACGAUUUCCUCAAAGCCAAUAUUGCCAUCAUGUUAGAUUUGGAUGAAGGAACUGAUACAUUGGAUCAAUCACUCUAUCAGCGUAUACAAGAACAUAUUGCAAAUGCCAACAGCAGCGAAGUAUCAUCGUCAACGGAUUCCACUCAAUUAACUAAAACAUCAUCAUCAUCAUCCACUACAACAACGACAACAGAUGAAGACAACACUGUCGUAGGACACAAAUUUAGAGAAAGUGAUAUGAUGCCCAAACGACUCACUGGAAAUGGAUAUACACGGUAUCUUGCAAAACGAGUGGCUCAAGAAGACUCCUUACGAACGAUCUUAGUGGCAUGUAUGAAAGCAUCAACUAUCGAAGAAUUAUCAGAAGAUGCAACCACCUUCUUUCAACAUAUCUGUCGACAUUUUGCUCUUCUUCAUGUUGGUGAAGCAAUUGAUGCCAAGGAUGGUGGAGUUAAACCUUUAUCGGAUAUGAUGGAUGAACGAUUGACAGUACAGAAUUUGAAUACGACUAUCUUGGUGGAUGCCAUUGUUGAAGUGAUUGCUUCUGAAAAUGCAGAUUUACGAAAAUGUGCGGAACAAGCUUUACAACUUUGUUUUGAAACGGCAACGGUGAUCAUGGGCGGCAAGGAACAUGUUUGGCGACUUCCUAUCUUCAGAGUAUUUGCUGCUCAAUUCUGCUCAUGCUGUUAUAAACAAGAAUGGUACAAGAAACGUGGUGGAUGUCUUGGUAUCUCAAUUAUGAGCUCUCAAUUGGAUAUGGGAACCAAAUGGAUGCGGGAACAUGAACUGGAAUUUAUUCGUGCCUUACUCUUUGUACUAAAAGAUGCCUCACCCGAAAUGGCGAAUGUCAAUACUGCAGAAGCUACUCAAACUCUUUCUCAUGUACUCAAGGUGUGCAACCGACCUGAAGACGAUGAAUCUCAAGAAGCUCAACAGAAAUUCCAAAACUUGAUUGCCCUUUUACUCAGCGAACUUUCCAAUUCCAACAGUACGGUGCGUGAAACUAUUCAAUCCUCUUUCCAAUUGUUGGCCGAUUUGACAGGGAACGAAGUAACAGAACUACUGGCUCCUGUUCGUGAACGAUUGGUGGCUCCUAUCUUUGCAAAACCUCUACGUGCUUUACCUUUUGCCAUGCAGAUUGGUCAUAUUGAUGCUAUUACCUAUUGUUUGACCUUGAGACCUCCCUUUUUGGAAUUCAACGAUGAAUUGAUCAGGUUAUUACAUGAAGCCCUGGCGUUAGCAGAUGCUGAAGAUCAAGCUCUGGUUAGUCGCAGUUCCCAAUACAAGAAUGCUACUUCACUGAUGAACCUCCGUAUCGUAUGUAUCAAGCUUCUUUCUGCUGCGAUGGCAUGUUCAGAUUUCUCCAAUCAACGACAAACUCAUACUCGUGCUCGUAUUAUUCAAGUUUUUUUCAAAUCUUUAUACUCCAAAUCGCCUGAAGUGGUAGAAGCUGCUCAUCGUGGAUUGAAACAAGUAUUGGCUCAACAACACAAAUUACCCAAGGAACUACUACAACAAGGUUUGAGACCCAUUUUGACGACUCUUUCCAAUCACAAGACGUUAAGUGUGGCUGGUUUAGAAGGAUUGGCACGUUUAUUGGAACUUUUGACGAAUUAUUUCAAGGUUGAAAUUGGGAAAAAGUUACUGGAUCAUCUCAAACAAUGGGCAGAACCUAAAGUCCUUCAAGAAGUGGCAGGCAAAUCACUGAAUGAAAAUCAUGAAGUCAAGAUCAUUGUGGCUAUUCUCAACAUUUUCCAUCUACUUCCAUCUGCUGCUCAUAUCUUUUUGGAUGAAUUGAUUACAGUUGUACUUGACAUGGAACAUCAUCUUCGAAGAUCGGUCUCAAGUCCAUUCAGACCUAAUUUGAUCAAGUAUUUGAAUCGAUAUCCCACUGAAACGGUUGCUUACUUUUAUGAACGCCUCAACACGCCACGAUGCAGUCAAUUAUUUAUUUCUAUAUUGGCUACGGAAAAUGCUUCUCAACUACGAAAAGAAAUUGCCGAGAAUCCUUCUGACUUGAUGACCAAAACUUUCAAAACCGAAAACGACAAUCUACAUUAUCAAGGUGUACUGAUAGUACGACAACUUGUGCACUUUGACGCAACUUGGCUUAAUGGACAACGUGCUGUACUGGAUUGUUUAUUACAACUUUGGCGAUCACCGACACGAUUUGAACGAAUGAAGAAGGAUGAUCAACAAGGUGUUCAAGUGACAAGGGAAUCUUUGUAUAUUGCCAAAAUCUUUAUCGUCUAUCUUCGCAACAAUAAAGAUGAUAUAGAUCUUGUAUUUGAUUUGGUAUCUCUUUUUGUUCAAGAAUCAGUCAUGGAUUUAUCUUUCCUAAGAUCCUUCUUUUUGGAAGAUAUCGCUUUACAUUCAUCACCGGCUAGAAAACGCAAGAUUUUGGAACGAUUCUUGAAACAAUUCUCUGAUGGAUCUAUUUCACCAUAUCUCAACAUGAUGACGCUUCGACAUGUUGUCAAUCCUUCUUUGUUGGUAGCCUUUUCUCGCAAAAAUGGUGGCUAUGAGAAAAUAUGGGAUGCAAAAAUGACUGAGCAGUUGAACUUCAAGAUGUUUGGGCAACUGAUGACCGAUUCUGCAAAUGAAGAUAAUCAAUACACCGAAGACUCACUGCGAAUUGAAUUACUACAACUGGUGGCAAUGACUGUACAAUACGCUGCUCCUCUAUUGGCUGAUAUGCGCAAAGAAGUGAUCAAAUUUGGAUGGAAUUACUUACGAUUAGAAGAUGCUACAAGCAAACAAGCUGCCUAUGUGUUGAUUGCCCGUUUUAUUGCAGCUUACGAAACUCCUAGCAAGAUUGCCAUUCAAAUUUAUGCUGCUCUAUUGCGUGCUCAUUUAUCCGAGGCUCGUGGUUUGGUGAAACAAGGUUUGGAUAUAUUAGCGCCAGUGUUACCAAAACGUGUACCAUUACAAGCAUCAGAACGUGUACCAACCUGGGUUCGUCUUACUCGAAAGGUCGUGGUGGAAGACACUCAUAGUAUCUCUCAAAUGGUAAAUGUCUAUCAACUUUUGGUUCGUCAUCCUGAUUUAUUCUAUGAUUACCGUGAACAUUUCUUACCACAAAUUGUCAAUACUCUCCCCAAGCUUGGAUUACUUCAAAAUGCUACACCUGAACACAAGUUAUUGACUGUCGAAUUAGCAGAUUUGAUUUUGAAAUGGGAAAGAACACGGUUGGAAAAUACCAAAUCAUCAUCAUCAUCAGCAACGGAGGUGGAUCAACAACAGACAACAACAACAUCAUCAUCAUCAACAACAUCAUCAACAACACCAUCAACAACAUCAUCAACAACAACGGCAGUUGGAUCAGAGAAACGUGCUGCUACUGAAGCAUCUGGUGGUGAUUCUCCAAGAAAAAAGGCUCAAGUCGAAGGGGCUUCUGGUGAAAUUAAGGCUAUGGCGACUGGUGAAGAUAACAACAAUACUACUGCUACUACUACUAGUCAACCGAAGGAAUAUGUGCCUAGUCUAACAUUACGGGAGAAUGUAGUUGGUUAUUUGGUGCGACUUGCUUGUAUUAUUUCCAAUCCUACUGAUCUUUUACAACGAAGAUUAGUACAACGUGUCUUGGAUCUCAUCAAAGAACUUUUGGUCCCAUCUAUGUGGUCUGAUGUGCAUGUCAAAUUUUCUCAUUUGGAAAGAACCUUAACUCUCAAGGAAAUGUCUGAAUUGUUGAUCCCUAGUGUAUGUAGUACUUUGGAAGUAUUGAAUAUCGACAUUACUCACAAACCUGCCGAAUGGUUUAUUGUCAACAUGAAUCAACUUUAUCGACUCUUGGAAAUAAGUAUCAAAUCGGACAACGUGCGAAUUCAAACAGCUCUUCAUCCUGUGUUGGUUCAUAUCUUCCAAGCUAUUCAUCAAACAACAUCGACAGAAACGACAGAACAAGAAUCACAACAUCCUGAUAUAGCAGCCUUUAUUGCUCUGGUGGAUUCAACGAUUACGGAUGGUAUGGCUAGUAUGAACAACAUGUAUGCAGUGAUGAAACUUUUGGAAGCUGCAAGCAGUAGCAGAAGUGAACACUUGGAUCCUUUCGUCCCCGGGUUACAACAACAGCAAAUACCUGGUCAACAAGCGGCAGCGGCGGCGGCAGCAGCAGCUCAAUUAGCAGCAUCUUCAGCUAAUGGUGGAGUUCUUACGGCAAAUGUGGAUUCUCAAGUCAAUCUAUUGAUACUCGGCCUCAAUCUUCUCAAGAAACGUAUCUCUCAUCUUGGUGAUCAACGACGAUGGUUCUUGACAUGUUUAAUCCAAUUGAUUGAAAAAUCACCAGAUGUUCAACUCUUACGAACUAUUUUGAAUAUGCUCAGUGAAUGGACUUUGGAAAAACCGGAAACCUUCCCAACUAUCAAGGAAAAAGCUGGUCUUCUAGUGAAAAUGAUGUCAUUUGAAAAUCGCAACAAUGCCAAAUUGACAGAAGAUUUUUUGAACCUGGUGAUCAAGAUUUACAACAAUCCUUCUUUUGUCAGAUCAGAAUUGACGGUCAGAUUGGAACAAGCAUUUUUGUUAGGUACUCGUAGCUCGGAUCCUCAUAUUCGUACACAGUUUAUGCGUACUUUUGAUCGUAGUCUUGGACGUACUUUGUAUAAUCGUUUGAAUUAUAUUUUGGGUGUACAAAAUUGGGAAUUCCUGGCGAACUCAUUCUGGUUACAUCAAGCUCUAGAUAUUCUCUUUGGCGUGGUCAAGAUUAAUCCUCGUGUAUCCCCUCCUCACACACUCAAGAUCAAACCUAUCAAGACCAUUGUGAAGAAUACAAAUGAUGAUGACAACGGGAUGAUGAAUGUGGAUGUACCUUCAGCUUUCCAUGAUUUGGUGGUCAAUCAACAGCAAUUCUUACGAGAUCUCCAAGGAUACGAUGUCAACAAUGCCAUCCUUACUACCAAACAAUUACAGUAUCUCGAUGCUAAUACAUCAUUUGAUCUUUGGGUGGAACUAUUUCCUCGGUGUUGGUCUGCUUUGAAUGCAACAGAAAUUCAUGAUUUGACAAAGGUACUGAUUACUUUAUUGGCCAAGGAUUAUCAUUCCAAACAAGCGGAUCAACGUCCCAAUGUGAUACAAGCUCUUUUAUCUGGUAUUGCACAUACACAUACUAUCAUCAAGCUUCCUCCUCAUUUGGUGAAAUAUCUUGGACACACUCACAACGCCUGGCAUACUGCUAUUGAAAUUCUACAACGAACAUGUACUACUGGUAAGGUACCUGACUCUUCCAAGGAUGAUCAAAAUAAUCGCGAACGUACUCUGGAUGCUCUUGGAGAACUGUAUACUUCAUUGAUGGAACAAGAUAUGUUUUAUGGACUCUGGCGACGACGUAACACAUACAAUGAAACUAAUGUGGCUGUCUCUUGUGAACAAAGUGGUAUGUGGAUGCAAGCUCAAAACAUGUAUGAAAAUGCGCAAAUCAAGGCUCGUAGUGGUGUACUUCCGUUUGCAGAAUCUGAAUAUAUGUUAUGGGAAGAUGAUUGGAUUGGAUGUACGCAAAAGUUACAACAAUGGGAUAUUCUUAGUGAUCUGGCAAAACAUGAUGGCAACACCAAUCUCUUGUUGGAAUGUGCUUGGCGCUUAUCAGACUGGACAGCUGAACGAGAACUAUUGGAACAAUCUUUGAAGCAAGUGGCGGAUGUCCCUACCACUCGUCACAAGGUGUUUGAAGCUUUCCUCUCUCUCAUCAAAUCACAAACAAACGAAUCUGGUCCUCCCGAAUUCACUCGUAUCUGUGAAGAAGGUGUACAAUUGUCUUUGAAGAACUGGCAUGCUUUACCUCCUAUUGUAUCUCAAAGUCAUCUACCCUUAUUGGAAACCUUUCAGCAAUAUUUGGAACUGCAAGAAGCUAGUCAAAUCUUCACAAGCUUGAUGGGAACAACAGCACAAAAUCUGGAACAACGGUCAGCGGAAUUACGAAACGUUUUGGGAACAUGGAGGGAACGAUUACCGAAUACCUGGGAUGAUAUCAAUGUUUGGAGCAACCUAGUGGCAUGGCGACAACAUAUUUUUAGUGCAAUCAAUCGAACCUACUUGCCUUUGAUUCCUUUACUACAAACUCCUCAAAGUGGUGCUCAAAGUGGACCAACAAAUGCGGGUAGUGGCAACUCAUUUGCAUAUCGUGGAUAUCAUGAAACAGCGUGGAUCAUCAAUCGAUUUGCUCAUGUGGCACGCAAACAUCAACUAUACGACGUCUGUAUCAAUUCAUUGACCAAGAUUUACACUCUACCCAACAUUGAAAUUCAAGAAGCAUUUUUGAAACUUCGAGAACAAGCAAAAUGUUACUAUCAAAACCAUGAAUUGACGGCUGGACUGGAUGUGAUCAACAAUACCAAUCUGAUGUACUUCAAACUUCAACAAAAGGCGGAAUUCUUUACUCUCAAAGGAAUGUUUUUGGCCAAUCUAGAUCAUUUCAAUGAAGCUAACGAAGCAUAUGUCAAUGCUGUACAAAUCGAUAUGUCCUUACCAAAAGCGUGGGCCGAAUGGGGAAGAUACAAUGAUCGACGAUUCAAGGAAAAUCCAAAGGAUCUUAGUUGGGCGAACAAUGCAGUGAGCUGUUAUUUGCAAGCAGCAGGAAUUUACAAGAACGCUAAAUCAAGGAAAUAUUUAUUGCGUGUGCUCUGGUUACUCAGUCUGGAUGAUGAUCAAGGAAUGAUUUCUCGUGCCUUUGAAGCUUACAAGGGUGAAUGGCCUGUAUGGUACUGGAUCACUUUUAUACCUCAACUGUUGUCGGCUCUUCAGCAUCGUGAAGCAAAACAUGCUUGUGCUAUAUUGAUUCGAAUUGCAAAACAAUAUCCUCAGGCUUUACAUUUCCAAUUACGAACUGCCAAAGAAGAUAUGAUGAAGAGAUCCAAUGCUGCUGCUAUGGCAAAUUCUCUUGCAAACAACACCAAUACCAAGGCGAAUGCUACAACUUCAACUACAAAUACCACCAACGAUAGUACCGCUUCUACUGCAACUACUGCUACUACCGCUUCCUCCAAUAUCAAUACUACUGACAACACAACAGGAAAUGUUAGUGAAGAAAAAGAAACAGCAUCCACCAGUGAAACUACACAAGAUAAAACAACUACAACAACCGAUGAAUCCAAAUCAACCAGUACGACCAGUGAAACAAAUGGCACGGCAACAAAGACAGAGGGAGGUGAUCCUACACCAAUGGAUGAAGAUGAUGGCAAAACAAAGGUUGAAAGCACAACUGACGGUGAUGAUGGUGACAACAAGGACGAAUCUAAGAUUAAGGAAGAUACUGAUAAGGUAAAAGUGGAAGAAAGCACUGAUAUGGAAGUGGAUGAAUCAAGCACAACGGCGGCAUCAGCAGAUAGUGAAAAAAUGGAAACGGAUUCUACUACAACCGAUACAAAGUCAGUACAGCCACCAACAUCAUCAACAACUUCGUCUACAGAAGCAGCAGCGACAACUACAAACACAACUGACGAUAAAACUGGUAAUAUGGAAAACAAGGAUAAAGCAGCAUCAGAAAAAUCAUCUGCUCCUACUUCAACAAAUGAUCCUCCUCCUACCACGACUCCUGCUAACGAAAUCAUGGCCAUGUUGAAAACUGGAUAUCCUCUACUUGCUCUAUCGAUGGAAACUAUGGUGGAUCAAAUUCAACUCAAAUUCAAACCUCAAGCAGAUGAAGAUAUGUAUAGAUUAGUAGUAGCAUUAUACAAUGAAGGCGCUCAGCAAUUAUUAUCAAGAUUGACGAAUCCUAAUGACACACUCCAAUUGACUCAAGCUACAGUGGCCAACAUUGCAAGAUUUGCUGAUACUCUCUAUCCUGGACAUAUGAAGACAGCAUUUGUGAAUGAUUUCGCCAAAGAUAAACUCAAUCUUGAAGAAUAUGUAGCAAGAUUACGAUUAUGGCGUGAUAAAUUUGAAGCUAUGUUUGAUGCUCGACCUCGUAAACUCAAAUUGGAAACUUUAUCUCAUUAUUUGGUGGAAUUCCAACAUCAAAAGUUUGAUGAUGUAGAAAUCCCUGGACAAUAUCUAUUGCUCAAGGACAAUGCCAAUGACUUUUUGAGAAUUGAUCGAUUCUUAGCUGAUGUGGAAGUGGUACGAAGCUAUGGUAAUUGUUAUCGACGUUUGACUAUUCGUGGUCAUGAUGGUAGUCUUCAUCCAUUUGUGAUCCAAAACCCUGCUGCACGUCAAUUCCGACGAGAAGAACGAUUGAUGCAACUAUUCCGUCUUUUGAACAAUGUACUCGAACGACGUAGUGAAAGUCGGGUUCGAAACUUGGCCUUCCAUCUCCCAGCCAUUGUUCCUUUGGCUCCCAAUGUACGUAUGGUUCAAGAUGAUCCUUCCUAUUAUACUCUACAUGAUAUUUAUGAAGAUCAUUGUGAUACAAUCCAAAUCCACAAGGAUGAUCCCAUGGUUUACUUUGCUGACAAGUUGAAGAAAAAUAUUCGAUCUGGAAAAAAGGUGAUGAAUCAAAAAGCUGAACUAUUGAAUUUGCGUAUGGAAAUCAAUGAUGAAAUAUGUUCAACAAUGGUUCCUUCAAAUAUUCUUAGCAAGUAUAUGUUACGUGAAAUGGGCUCUUAUACUGAUUAUUGGAUGGCAAGGAAACAAUUCACAGCACAAUAUGCAACAGCUACUUUUAUGAAUUACAUCUUCAGUGUUGGUCACCGUACUCCUCACAAGAUUGCGAUAUCAAGAGCUACUGGUGGUGUUUGGAUGAUGGAAGUGUUACCUGGAUUCCAUCAAAUGAAUCCUAUCUUUGGCAAUGGUGAAGUAGUACCUUUCCGAUUCACACCUAGCAUUCAAGAUUUCAUUACUCCAGUAGGCAUUGAAGGACUUUUCACCAGUUGUUUGAUGGCUACAGCUCGAAGUUUGACUGACCCUGAAUUAGAAUUGGAUCAAUACCUUAGUAUCUUUGUUCGUGAUGAAGUAUUUGCUUGGUAUACCAACAACUCACAUCAACAACAACAACUUCAACGCACAGGUACAUUGGAACAUCAAGUCCGUGAUCGUAUCAACACCAAUAUUUCUCAAAUUAUUACAAAGGCUCAAUUCUUAUCAUGCAAGACUGAUACUGAAAAGACAAUCAAUGCGAAUAAGCCAACCAAUCAAAAUGUGAUCGAUUUGAUCUCUCAAGCUACCAAUCCUCAGAAAUUGGCUCAAAUGGAAUGUACUUGGAUGCCUUGGUUAUAA